AUGGACAACAAGCAAAUCUUUGUUCUGCUUUUGCUUUCUUGUUUUCUGUCAUUCUCCACUGCCCAAUCUCCUGAGGCUUCCCCAUCUCCCUCCCUUGGAUCCCCACAUUUUCCAUCCAAGGAUUUCUUUUCCUCUUCUACCGCAAACGCGCCACUGCCACCCGUUGAUCCUACCCUUGAAAAGAUAUGUUCGGUUACAGAAAACCCUCACAAAUGUAUCUCCAUUAUUGCUCCAUACACAUCUGGUCCUACAGAUGCUGUUUCGAUCUUGAACAUGAUCAUAGAAGCUAUCUAUAAACAGGUAGAGAGGGCCAUCACCAUUUCUGACAAAGCGACCCAGAAUCCUUCCCAAUCGUCUGUAAUUUCUAGCUGCCUUGAUAAAUGUGUUGAAUCUUAUAAUAAGGUCAUUGAUGAUCUUGGAAAAGCUAUGGCUGCUUCUUCUUCUCACGAUAUUAGCGCAGUCAAUACUAUGCUUAGUGCUGCAAUUUCCAAUUUCGGUCUCUGCGAUGAAGCUUUCCAUAAGAAUGGCUUAGCUGACUCGCCAAUGAAAGAGAUUGAUGAGAGCUUGAUAGAGUUGGCUGGAUUUGGGGUUGACAUUUCUAAAAAACUAAUCCGAAAGUCUAAUUAA